AUGCCCACAGACAGAAAAACCGAGAGAAGAUUAGCUGAACUGAUAGUGUCUAGAAAGGCACUAUAUGUGGUUCGUGAUUUAGUAGAAAAAUUUGUGGCACAUUACAAUGAAGAACGUGAUGCUUGCCAAAUAUUCGUUCGCCUGGAAUGGUUGGAUAAAAUGUAUCAAGAAUUUCACGAAAUUCAGGCUGAAAUCGAGAAAAUUGACGGUGUCGAUGUUUUAGAGACUCACCUUACCGAACGAUCGGAUCUAGAAACUCGUUAUUGUGAAGCAAAGGGUUUUUUGCUAUCGAGAAGAGCACCAGAACCAAACCAAACGGUGUUUAAUUCGUCCUUUCUGCCCGCGCCACACACUCCCCCACAUAAUUUCCAUUUGAGAUUGCCAAAAAUAGAUCUCCCGAAAUUCAAUGGAGAUUUUUCGAAGUGGCUAUCGUUUCGCGAUACUUUCAGCUCUAUCGUGCACUCAAAUGCUGAUAUACCGAUAGUUGCUAAACUGCAGUACUUAUUACAAUCCCUUCAAGGUGAAGCGAGAAAACCAUUUGAAAGCGUUGAUGUUGAAGCGUUGAUGUUGAUGUUGGAGAUGUUGAAGUUGAAGCUACGCGUCAGUGUGGGACGCUUUAUUGAAACAGAAUCUGCUCAGGAAUUGCACGAACUUAUCGAUGAACUCCAACGCCAUGUGAAGGCGUUAGCCAAGUUGGAAGAGCCAAUUCAGUACUGGGAUACUCCACUGGUUAAUAUGUUAUGUUACAAGCUCGACCCAGCAACGCUGCGCGCCUGGGAGGAACGAACCAGCCAAAAUGAAGACGUAAGUUACGAUGGCCUGAUUGAGUUUCUGUACCAACGAGUGCGUAUUCUGAAAUCCGUUUCAUCAGAUCUGCUACAACGGUCCCAAGCCAAUUCAGUAAGGUUGUCCGGUACUCAACCACCCCCCAAAAAGAGUUUUCUACACAGGACAGUUGCUAAUGCUGUCGCCUCCCAAACAUUUACAGUGUCCACAUCCGAGCAGCAGCAAAAUCCGCCUUUGUCGGCGCUUCCAGUAAAGCCAGGACCAUCCAAUGUUCAAGUUAGUUUACCGGUUCAGUCCCAUCCCAGCACAGUUUUGUUGGAAACAGUCGCUCUCCACAUAGUCGAUGAUUAUGGAAACGUUUUUGAAGCUAGAGCGCUGUUAGAUUCCGCUUCGAUGUCGAACUUCAUUUCAAAGAAGUUAGCAACCCUGCUUGGCAAUCGUCAAACCAAAAUCAACGUUUGUGUUGCAGGAAUUGGUCAGUCAGUGAAAAGGUUGAAACGCACGGUCACCGCGACCGUCAAAUCUAAAGCUUGUCCAUUUUCCACGAAGCUUGAGUUUUUGGUCAUCGAUACUCCUACGAACGAUUUACCCACUGUACCCGUGCAAAUAAGUUCCUGGAAUCUGCCAAAUGUUACGCUAGCCGAUCCGCAAUUUUACACGUCCAGUCCAAUAGAUAUUGUCAUAGGUGGUGAAACAUACUGGGAACUACACACAGGGAGAAAGAUUUCCAUGGGACCAAACCAGCCUCAAAUCAUCGAAACUCUUUUUGGUUGGACUGUUUCAGGGGCAACACUACAAGAUUGCUCAUCCGCAAACACAAGAUGUUUCGUUUCCACUGCUGAUAGUAUGCUUGAAGAUGCAGUUCAGCGUUUUUGGGAAAUGGAGACAAUCAUCGAACAAAAUAUUCAUUCUCUACCCGAGAGGGCAUGUGAGGAUCUUUAUGAUGCUACCACAGUCCGUGAUUCCUCUGGUAGAUACGUGGUUCGUCUUCCCAAGGUAGGAAAAUCGGAAAUUGCACUAGGGAAUUCUAGAAUUACUGCUGAACGACGAUUGCGCAGUCUUGAACGACGGUUAGAUCGCGACGCAAACGUAAAAUCCGCUUAUCAUAAAUUCAUGCACGAGUAUGAAACAUUGGGACAUAUGAAACGGCUUAGUGAUCCUGUUGAUGAUUCUAUCGAGCACUGCUACCUCCCACACCACCCUGUAUUUAAGUUUUCCAGUACGACGACAAAGACGAGGGUGGUAUUCGACGCGUCAUGCAAAACAGCGUCCGGAUACUCGCUGAAUGAUAGUUUGCUAGUAGGCCCCGUUGUACAACAAGAUUUACUCUCAUUGAUUAUGCGUUUUCGCACCCACGCAGUUGCGUUGGUGGCCGAUGUGGAAAAAAUGUACCGACAGGUACUGGUACAUUCUAACGAUCAGCCCCUACAAAGAAUAUUAUGGCGUUCAAACCCCAACGAACCUAUCGCAACAUAUGAACUACAGACCGUUACAUACGGUACAGCUUCUGCACCGUACCUUGCCACGAAGACACUUAAACAGUUAUCCAUUGACGAAAAACAUCAGUUUCCUAAUGCUGCUGAACCAGUAGCCGAAGAUUUUUAUGUCGACGAUUUUCUGUCUGGUGCCGCGGAUGCUCAAACUGCCCGUGUAAUUCAACAUGAAGUUUCCCAAAUGCUUAAGACUGCCGGUUUCCCUCUGAAGAAAUGGGCUUCGAACUCAGUGGAGGUGUUGGAAGGUAUCCCACCUGAUGACCGGGCCAUUCAACCAUUCUUCGACAUUCAGGAUGAGCAAUCCAUCAGUACCCUUGGAUUGAUAUGGGAACCCAAAACUGAUACGCUUCGAUUUCAAGUGGAAUUACCUUUGCCAGCGGCUGUUUUGACUAAACGAAACGUGAUGUCCUACAUCGCUCAAAUUUUUGAUCCGCUAGGUUUGGUAGGUCCAACUAUCAUGAAGGCUAAAUUGUUCAUGCAGCGUUUGUGGGCGCUAAGAUCUGCCGAUGGCCAACGCUUUGAAUGGGAUCAACCAUUGCCACUGAAGCUCCAAGAUGCGUGGAAAGAAUACCAUACCACAAUAGAUGUUCUGCGUCAGAUCAAAAUUCCUCGAUUCGUGUCUUUGCCUCUCGCAACCAGCUUUGAAUUACAUUUCUUCGCUGAUGCUUCCAAAAAGGCGUACGGAACGUGCUGUUACGUCCGCACUAAAACAGCAAACCAUAUUUCUGUUCAGCUUAUGGCGUCAAAAUGCAAGGUAACGCCGCUUUUAACCCAUCACACGAUCGCAAAGCUAGAGCUUUGUGCCGCCCGCUUAUCCACCCAGCUUUAUAAGAAAGUUAUCGCGGCUAUAAAAAUCUCACCCACUGGAAUCCAUUUUUGGUCAGACUCCACCACGGUUUUACAAUGGCUACGUUCACCGCCAGGCCGUUGUAAGACGUUUGUAGCCAACCGCGUGUCCUACAUCCAGCAACACACCUCCAUUGACAGCUGGAAACACAUCGCCGGUAUAGAAAACCCGGCAGAUGAUAUCUCUCGAGGAUUGAGUCCUACAGAAAUCGUAAACUAUGCCAGGUGGUGGUCCGGACCAUCUUGGCUUUCCCUAACGUCAGAAUGCUGGCCCACCGGAGCGCUACCGGCCGAUGAAUUACCGGAAACCAGAACCGAAGGCAGAAACGUUCCAUACGAGGACCUGCUAACCCUGCUGGCACAAGUGGAAAUGUGCCUCAAUUCCCGACCACUCACACCAAUACCAUCAGAAUCAACGGAUCUAGAAGCCUUGACACCGGGACACUUCCUGGUGGGCUCCAAUCUACAAGCUGUCAUCGAACCGUCUGUAACCAACGUACCAGAAAAUCGGCUCAACCAUUGGCAGCAAACUCAGCAACAUUUUUAA